AUGACACAUGAGACUGAGAAUAUGGAAUCUAUCUAUCUAUCUAUCUAUCUAUCUAUCUAUCUAUCUAUCUAUCUCAGUUUUUUGAGGGAAAAUAUUUUACUUGACUUUUCCGUGACUUUCACUUUUCCUUCAAUUUCUUUCUUUCUUUCUUUCUUUCUUUCUUUCUUUCUUUCUUUCUUUCUUUCUUUCUUUUGUAUCCCAUUCUUUCUUUAUUUCUUUCUUUCUUUCUCUCUCUUUCUUUCUUUCUUUCUUUCUUUUUUCUUUUUACCUUACGUUGAAACUUUAUUAUUUAUAGUCUCCCUUUCUUGUGUAUAUUUUCUUCCAAUCUUUUGCUAUACGGUUCCGUCAUUUAAUGUGUUUAUUUUACCUCGAUUGAAUCCUUCUUUCUUUCUUUCUUUCUUUCUUUCUUUCUUUCUUUCGUUCGUUCGUUCGUACUUUCAUUAUUCCGUUUAUUCGUUCGUUUUUACUUUCAUUCUUUCUUUCUUUCUUUUUUCUUUCUUUCUUUUGCUAUACGCUGUUUCAUUUGCCUUGGUUCCUUUAUACGUCAAAGUAUUCUUUCUUUCUUUCUUUCUUUCGUUCGUUCGUUCGUACUUUCAUUCUUCUGUUUGUUCUUUCGUUUGUACGUUCAUUGUUUCUUUCUUUCUUUCUUUUUUCUCUCUUUCUUUCUUUUGCUAUUCGCUUCAUUUGCCUUGGUUCCUUUAUACGUCGAAGUAUUCUUUCUUUCUGUUUGCUAUUCAUGGAAUGCUUUCUUAUCAAUUUUGUCUUUCUCUAUUGAUCUAUAAAUACACAAAAUUUGAUUUCUCAACAGAUCCAGAAUUUUCUACGAUUUUCCGUUUGAUUUUUCAUCUAUUUUCUGCCAAUCUAUCAUUCUGCCCAAAUUUAUCAAUCAUUUUAAGAAGCCAUCUUUGUUCAGGUCUCCCAGUCUAUCUCUGUUCAGAUCUACACUUGUCUCCUAUCGCAAUUAAUUUAGAUCCCUAUCUAAUAAUAUAUGUCAUCAGUAUUUUCCCCACUGGUUUACUAUCUAUCUAUCUAUCUAUCUAUCUAUCUAUCUAUCUAUCUAUCUAUCUAUCUAUAUAUAUAUAUAUAUAUAUAUAUAUAUAUAUAUAUAUUAAUCCAUUUUUAUUUCUUUCUUUUUUCUAUCUAUCUAUCUAUCUAUCUAUCUAUCUAUCUAUCUAUCUAUCUAUCUAUCUAUCUAAUAAUCUAUCUAGCUAUCUCAGUUUGUCCGUAACUAUCUAUCUAUCUAUCUUAAUCACUAUUUCCUCUCUUUCUUUUUUCUAUCUAUCUAUCUAUCUAUCUAUCUAUCUAUCUAUCUAUCUAUUUAUCUAUCAACAUAUAUAUAUAUAUAUAUAUAAUAAUGUCACUAUCUAUCUAUCUAUCUAUCUAUCUAUCUAUCUAUCUAUCUAUUUAUCUAUCUAUCUAAUAAUGUCAUUAUCUAUCUAUCUAUCUAUCUAUCUAUCUAUCUUAAUCAUAUUUUCUCUCUUUCUUUUUCUAUCUAUCUAUCUAUCUAUCUAUCUAUCUAUCUAUCUAUCUAUCUAUCUAUCUAAUAAUGUCAUUAUCUAUCUAUCUAUCUAUCUAUCUAUCUAUCUUAAUCAGUAUUUUCUCUCUUUUCUUUUUUAUUUCUUUCUAUCUAUCUAUCUAUCUAUCUAUCUAUCUAAUAAUUAUUUCUCUUUUUUUUCUAUCUAUCUAUCUGUUCAUCUAAUAAUGUUCAUCUAUCUAUCUAUCUAUCUAUGUAUCUAUCAUCUAUCUAUCUAUCUAUCUCUUUCUCUCUCUCUUUUAUUGUAG